CCCCGGGCAAUAUGGGAUCAUGGGGCCCCUGUGUCCUUGCCCAAACUCAAAAAAGCCUAUGAAAAAGGUACCAGGGGCAUCUCAUGGGGCCCCCUACUGACCCCGGGCCCUCGGGCAAUGCCUGAGUGCUCGAAUGGUCAGUCUGCUCCUGCCUCUGCUGUUUAUUUUCAAUUUCUAAGGAUGGCAUAUCCCAUAGUACCUCACUGCCUGCAAGUAGUGAUUCCUAUACUGACUCCGCCUCCUGAAACUCCUCCUCUCAGCACCUCUGUAUCUCAGAAGGCAGGCUCU